AUGGAUGAGUCUGUGAGUCAGUUGUCGACACAGUUGUUGCAAACUCUGUCACCGGAUCCCAACGUGCGAAGAAAGGCGGAGAAGUGGUUGCAGUCGUGCGAGGGAUCCGAUGGGUUCGCCACUCUUCUNGCCAAAAGUGAGCCACAAAUGGAUGAGUCUGUGAGUCAGUUGUCGACACAGUUGUUGCAAACUCUGUCACCGGAUCCCAACGUGCGAAGAAAGGCGGAGAAGUGGUUGCAGUCGUGCGAGGGAUCCGAUGGGUUCGCCACUCUUCUCCUGCAACUGAUCGACGCCUCGGCGGUCGACCUGAAUGUGCGGAUGUCGGGCGCCAUCGCCUUCAAGAACCUCAUCAAAAGGAAUUGGAGACAAUCGGAGGAUGAGGUGAAUAAGAUCGCCGAAAACGAUAGGAACCAAAUCAAGACAGUUAUCAUCGAUUUGAUGCUCAGGAGUCCCGAGAAGAUCCAGAGACAGCUCAGCGAUUCUGUCAGUAUUAUCGGUCGCGAAGACUUCCCCCAGAAGUGGCCCAACCUUUUGGACGACAUGAUCGGCCGCAUGAGCGCCACUGAACCCAAUUUCAAUGUCAUCAAUGGUGUCCUCCAAACGGCUCACUCGCUCUUCAAGAGGUAUCGCCACGAGUUUCAGUCCAACGAGUUGUGGACUGAAAUCAAGUAUGUGUUGACCCGAUUCGCGCAGCCCUUCACCGACCUCUUCGUGUGGACCAAUCAGUUGGCGAUCAGUCACUCAAAUAAUCCCCAAAAUCUGAAGAUUAUUUUCAGUUCUCUUAUACUCUGCGCCAAAAUAUUCAAUAGUCUUAACACUCAGGACUUACCGGAGUUUUUCGAAGACAAUAUGGAGGUCUGGAUGAAGCACUUCCUCAACCUAUUGUCCGCCGAUCACAAGACAGACUUACCGGAGUUUUUCGAAGACAAUAUGGAGGUCUGGAUGAAGCACUUCCUCAACCUAUUGUCCGCCGAUCACAAGAGUCUGCAGACAGACAGCGAGGAGGAGGCGGGACCUAUAGAACAGCUGAAGUCCCAGAUCUGCGACAACAUCGGGAUGUAUGCCUCGAAAUACAACGAAGAAUUCGAGCCCUAUUUGCCGGGAUUCGUGCAGUCGGUGUGGACUCUACUGAUUACCACUGGACCACAACCUAAAUAUGACAUAUUAGUCAGUAAUGCCAUUCACUUCCUGUCUUCAGUGGCCGAUCGCAGUCAAUACCAACACCUCUUCAAAGCGGACAACGUUUUGGAUUCAAUCAGUUCUAAAAUUAUUGUCCCGAAUAUGGAGUUUCGAGUCUCAGACGAAGAACUUUUUGAGGACAAUCCCGAGGAAUAUAUUCGCCGUGAUAUUGAGGGCUCAGACGUAGACACCCGACGCCGUGCGGCCUGUGAUCUCGUCAAGUCUUUGUCGCGAUUUUUUGAGGCAGAAAUGACUCAAGUCUUCAGUCAAUACAUUCAACUAAUGCUUCAGAAAUACGCUGAAAACCCUUUAGAGAACUGGAAGAACAAGGAUUCUGCCAUUUAUUUGGUCACUUCAUUGGCUGUCAAGUCGGGAACGGCUCGUUUGGGAACUACAUCGACAUCAGAACUGGUCAACACCACCGACUUCUUCGUCAAUGUCAUUCGUCCAGAUCUCGACCGCAACACUAAUUUGACUCAAAUCCCAGUUCUCAGAGCUGAUGCUCUCAAAUAUAUCAUGACUUUUAGAAAUCAAUUACCAUUAAAAGAAGUAAUUAUUCCGAGUUUGCCGCUCAUUGUGCAGCACAUGAGUGCUCCAAGUGUUGUGGUCCACACCUACGCCGCCCAUACACUCGAAAAGCUGCUGACACUGAGAGACUCAACCCAACAGAAGAUGCCGUCUAUAAAACCGGACGAUUUGACUCCAUUUAUGGAUCCACUGCUGAAUGGAUUGUUUGGCAUUUUCUCGAUUCCCGGCUCUAAUGAGAAUGAAUACGCAAUGAAAGCCAUUAUGCGAUCAUUCAGUUUAUUACAGGAGAAUACUUUGCCUUACUUUCCACAGCUAUUACCAAAACUGACUCAAAAGUUAUCUGAAGUGACCAAAAACCCGACUAAACCUCACUUCAAUCACUAUCUCUUCGAGACAUUGAGUCUUACGAUACGAAUCGGAUGUCGAAAAGAUCGGUCGUAUGUCUCGAACUUUGAAUCCGUUUUAUUCCCAAUAUUUCAAGAGAUUCUCAUUCAAGACGUUCAGGAAUUCAUGCCAUAUGUCUUCCAAAUACUGUCAAUGUUUCUGGAAGUCUAUGACACAACUAUUCCUGAGCCUUAUAUGGAAUUAUUUCCACACCUUUUAUCGCCUGUCCUGUGGGACAGACCGGCAAAUAUCGCACCUUUGGUUCGCUUACUGCAGGCGUACAUCGAGAAGGGCUGUCAGCAAAUCAUUAGUGCCUCUAAAUUGCAGCCAUUAUUAGGAGUGUUUCAGAAACUGAUUGCAUCGAAGACUAACGACAAUCAGGGCUUUUAUGUCUUGCAAUCUCUCAUCCAAUUCGCUUCUCCAGAGAGUUUAGCGCAGUAUAUGAAGCAAGUGUUCGUCCUAUUGUUCCAACGACUGACCAGUUCUAAGACAACCAAAUAUGUUAAAUGUCUUCUCGUCUUCUUCUCCCUAUUCGCCCACAAAUAUGGCGUCCAAUCGCUGUCCGACACAAUCGAUUCACUGCAGCAAAGAAUGUUUGGAAUGGUUUUGGAGAAACUCUUCAUUCCAGAGGUUCAGAGAGUGACAGGAAAUGUAGAGAAGAAGAUCAUUGCCUUUGGAAUGACGAAGAUUUUAUGCGAACUCGACUCCACUAUCAUUGGCCAAUACUCGCAAUUCUGGGCACCGGUAUUGCAGUCAUUGGUGGCUCUGUUUGAACUGCCCGUCGAUGAGACCAUUCCAGACGACGAACACUUCAUCGAAAUCGAAGACACUCUCGAAUAUCAGGCCUCGUAUUCACAGCUGGUCUUCGCUGGACAUCGAGAGCGCGACCCUUUAGAUGGAGUGGUGUCUGACCCGCGAAUUUAUUUGGCGCAGUCUUUGGGCAAAUUGUCGGCCAAACAUCCGGGAAAACUCAAUCCACUCAUCACUACUGGUUUGCCUCCAAAUGCCGUCUCAUUCUUACAGCGCUAUUGUUUGGACGCAAACGUAACCAUUGCUUAA